GCACGUAUGCCAAGAGUGAAACCUGUGCCCUCGCCGAGUGUCCUCCUGGGAGCUACGCCCCCGACUUGGCCAAGGAUGUAGCCCAUUGCUUGGACUGCGCGUUUGGCACGUUCUCGAACGGGAAAACAGACGUCUGCCACCCGUUCACUUGCCCCGGCGGCAACGAACCGAACACCAAAGCGAGCUACGACGGCGACUGCGUUGGCUGCCGCCUCGGAUUCUUCUCAGCCUCCAACACGUCGAUUUCGUGCGAGCCGGCCGAGUGCCCGAAGAGCACCCAAGCCUCGCCCAACGCAACCUCGGCGGACGACUGCAGUCCGUGCCCCGCAUUGCAAACGUCCAUCGGCGGCUCGGCGCUCUGCGGGGCGCCCAACUGCACCGCAGGGUCUGGUCCAACGCAGGAUGGCCAGUCGUGUGAAGUGUGCGAGAGUGGCACGUUCAGUCCUGGCCAUGGUGCGCCUUGCCGCAAGGUGAAGUGUGCCCCGGGUCACACGCCGGCCAAGGGCGCGACCGACAUGGCGACCGACUGUGUUCCGUGUCCUGAAGGCACCACGAAUUUGGGGGGGACCUCGACGGAGUGCACGCCGUGCCCGCAAGGAACGUACUCCAACGCUACAGCGGGAACAAACACGUGCACACCUACAGCGUGCGAGCUCGGAUGGGAGGCCAAAACUGGCGCCAAGCACAAGCGCGACUGCGUCAUCUGUGGCCAAGGCUUCUUCAGCAACACGCAAACUUGCCAGCCGACGCAGUGCCCACUGAACCAAGCUAGCGCCAAGGGAGCCCACGACGCGAUUGGCAACUGCACGGCUUGCCCGUUGGGAUACUUGUCCGAGGGUGGGCAGAGUCCGUGCCGUCCGGCUGAGUGUGCCCCGGGGUAUUCUCUGCCCCCCAACGCCACGCAGUGCCAAGCGUGCCAGCCAGGCACCUUUGGGAAAGGCCUUGCCAUGCC